GUGCACGCUGUGUGUGCCUGUGUGUGUGUCUGUUUUUUUUUUUUUUUUUUUUUUUUUCCGCUGGAUAAAGGAGAGGAAUUGUCCGCAAGUACAUACCGGAGUGUGCACUCCCAUUUUAGUCAAGGCCAGACGGAAGGGCAGUGCAGACUGUUGGGCUGUCCAGUGAAGCAAUCCCGCCAUGCGUGAAUACAAGCUAGUGGUGUUAGGCUCUGGAGGUGUGGGCAAGUCUGCUUUGACAGUUCAGUUUGUACAAGGAAUCUUUGUGGAAAAAUAUGACCCUACAAUAGAAGACUCAUACAGAAAGCAAGUGGAGGUAGAUGGACAGCAAUGUAUGCUUGAAAUUCUCGACACAGCCGGCACAGAACAGUUCACAGCAAUGAGGGACUUGUACAUGAAGAAUGGCCAAGGCUUUGCUCUGGUAUACUCCAUCACAGCACAGUCCACCUUCAAUGACCUCCAAGACCUGAGAGAACAGAUUCUACGAGUAAAGGACACAGAGGAUGUGCCGAUGAUCCUGGUAGGGAACAAGUGUGACUUGGAGGAUGAGCGUGUGGUGGGAAAGGAGCAGGGCCAGAACCUGGCCAGACAGUGGAACCACUGUGCCUUUUUAGAGUCCUCUGCGAAGUCAAAGAUCAACGUCCUUGAUAUCUUCUAUGACUUGGUCAGACAGAUAAAUAGGAAAACGCCAGUGGAAAAGAAGAAGGCAAAAAAGAAAUCCAACUGUGUCCUGCUUUAAAGACCCCUUCUCCCUCCAGCCCCUGCAGCAGCUCUGAGCCAGAAAUGCUGUAAUGAAGAACUGUUGCCCUGAUUGGAACGUGCCAGCAUUCCAACAGCCCUGACCUCCCCUUCCUCCAUCAGCCAUAAACGGUGAAUCAGCUGACCGAACUGCUCCAAUAAAAGAUGAGGAUGAUCUACAUCAGAGAGAAUAAAGAGAGAAAGACAGUAAGAGAGAGAAGACUCUAAUCUCUUGCCUCCGAGGACCUUCCUCGGUGUCUAAGUGUGAACACUGAAUGGACAGUGUCCACCUCUGCACCAACAACAGCACCACAAACUGAUGAUGAUCUGAUUAAAAUGCAGCCUCUAAACGUUAAAAAAAAAAAAAAAAAAAAAAAUUAAUAAUAAAUAAAUAAAAUGUCCAUGAGCUGCCUACGUGGCCAGCCCCUUAUUUUUAUUUUUUGACAGUCUAACAUAAGGAAAAUAACAGCAUUUAAGAAGGAAAACAAAGUUAGAACUUGGAUUCAGUAUUUUUCAUCUUUUUCAAUAUUGUAUUUGAAAGACAUGGAAGUUGACCUCUUUAGUUGUAUGAUUAUAAAUAUUCUUCAAAAAGAGCAUGAAAAAAAUGCAUCAGUUAUUACGUGUAGAUGUUUUCAAGUGAAAUCAAAGUGGAAAAGUGAGAAAUCUUUUAUAGCCAUACACCUAUUCUCCAUGCCUGUCAUGUCAGUGAUGAUAGAUCAAGGUCUAUGAUAUGUAUUAUUAUUAUUAUUAUUAUUAUUAUUAUUAUUAUUAUUACUAUUAUUUUUAUUAAUUUUUUCUUUGUUUGCCCUCUUGUUCAUGGACUUCUCUUCUGCAGAUAUCUCUCUCUGAUAUGACUUAAUUUUAUACUCAGUCACCGGGAUUUCAUAACUCCCAUAAUAUAUUCUAAUGCCAUUUUUUUGCAUAAUAAUGCUUCAAAAAAAUGGGUCUUUUAUAGAAGAAAUAUGGGGAAAAAUAAGGAUUGAUUUCUAUGUCUCUUGAAGCUGAAAUAUAUUAUACUAAACCAACUCUAAUAAUGCUUCUUGUGUUUUUCUGUCAAUGAUGUUCCGGCUUUUAUGGAUUAUUAAAGUACAUUUUAGUACAUUUUCA